UUUUUCACUUAACCAAGUUGUUUUUUUAAAACGAAUAACAUUUCUAAAAAAUUUUCUUUUUAUCAAAAAAAUGAAUUCAUUAAAAUUUUUUUUUUUUGACGCGCAUUGUCAUUCCCAUAUGGCAAAAAACAGUUGGAAAGAAACUCUUUUAAAGUUUUUUGAAGAUUGUCGCAACGAAAAAGUACAUUUUAAACUUUUAGUAAAUGGUGUCAGACCAGACGAUUGGUGCCAUGUUACCGAGUUAUAUAAGACAUAUUCUGAUAAUAUUCUGCCUUCUUACGGUGUUCAUCCAUGGUAUGCAAUGGAAUCAGUUGAAGCAUAUCCUGAAUGGAGUACUCUACUAUGUGAUUAUUUAAACAAGAAUCCUAAUGCCGGUGUCGGGGAAAUUGGGUUGGAUUUAUCUCCUCGUGCUUUAACCCGCACUCCUUUAGACUGUCAAAAAAAAGUAUUAGAGACCCAAUUAAACAUUGCCUUAAAAUUUAAUCGCCCUAUUAGCAUUCAUUGUGUUCGUGCUCACGAACUUCUUGAACAGAUUAGUUUACUAUAUAAGAUUAUACUCUUUUAUUCUUGAAAUGCAAUAAUUUUUUUAGAUACUUUCUAAAAUGGAGUUCCAAAUGACAUCUCCACCUAUUAUUCUUCAUUCAUUUAGUGGCAAUUCAGUGAGUGCAAAAAAAUUUUUGCGUUUUAACUGCUACUUUUCUUUUUCUGGCUCCCUUCUAUUGCAUUCGAAAAAGAUAAAAAAAACGUUACAAACCAUUCCUAAAUCACGGUUAUUGGUGGAGUCAGAUGCUCCUGAUCAAUUGCCAUCUCAAAGUCUUUUAAAAACAUUUUUGGAUCAAGAAGAUAAAGAUCCAUGUUAUUUCUUGUUAAGUUAUUUUCGAAAAUUAAUGAGCCGUCAAGACAUUGAGGCAAUGAUUGCAGCCGCCAAUAGGUUACAAGAUCAAAGAUUUCUUCAUCCAUUAGUCGAAAAUCAAUCGACGUGUAUAUUACUAGUUAUUUAUGGAUUAUGUGUUUGUUUAAAUAUUGAAGACCCCUACGAUUUUAUUUCAACUCUUCAUACUACUUAUUGCAAUCUCUGGAAAAAAUAGCAUUGCUUAGCUUGUUUUGUUUCCCUACUCUUUAUUUGCUCAUUUAGCAAUCUCACUUUACUUUUAAAAACUUCCCUUCAUAUAUCCUUUACAUGUAGCUAAAAGUCUUGUUAUUCUUUUCAUUGUUUCGUUCUCAGUUUGGGUCAGGUCUUUAAUUCAAUAUACGUCGUUUCUCUUUCUUCUUGACCAUAUUCUAGAUGUCGAUUUUAAUUUAGAAAAAUAGCGUAACAGAGUUUCACUUUUAACAUUUCAAUUAAAACUGUUCACAUCGAACGACAUCUCUUUAACAAAAAAUCUAAACAAAAACGCUCUACAAAAAAAAAUUAACUCAUUGUUUCUUUCACAGUCACAUUAUUAAUUGAAAACCUUCAACUCAUACUUUGACGUUUUCGUUCUUGUAGUGAGACAAAAUGAUGUUUUUUAAAACUUUAGAUAUUAGAUUUCGAAUAAAAAAAAGUAGUCGGAUCACGCAUGCUACAUCUGUGGCUGCAGUUUUUUUCAAUCAAUUCAAAUCGCUGGUAUUAUCGUUAUUCUAUAUAAAUGUAGUGUAUAGAGUUUUCUGUUACACUGCUAAAAAGAGAUUUCAUGCAAAGAAAGCGUGAGUAGAAUAAAUAUAGAUCAUCUCAGUAUAAUGGGCCUCUUAGGUUUCUCAACAAAGGGAUGCAUGCAGUUUCAAGAAAUGCUUCAUUGACGUAUUGCUUUAUAUGUUAGUCUCCUUUGCGUUCCUAUCAUACCUUAUCAGACGCGAUCGCGUAUAGUAGACAGCGAUAACAGAAGAAACAGCGUAUUUGGGACUUUUCAACGUUUAAAAAAACUUAUGACUAGAACGCGCCGUCUCUCAUAUAGACCUGAUUUAAAUGUCACCCAAACAAAUUUACGGUUGCCCUAUAUAGGAGAAUAUGUAAAACCAUUGGCCUACCGAAUUCCAUAUACCACAAAAAUUAAGAGUAUUGUUCACAUUGACCCCUUUGAAAGAUUCCGUCAAUAGUUUCUUUUUCUGUAAACAUUUUUUACCAUAGACAUCUUCACCUUGUUGCAAUAUCAAUAUUCAAUAAUAAUACUUAAACUUCUAUCUCAUUUUUUUUAAUUUUAAAGUAAAGCUGUUCUAUUUCUCUUAUGUAAAUGAAAUCUUUAUUUUUGCUUGAAAAGAAAGCCUAAAUUUUUAUUUUUAUUUUUUUGGAUUUUUGUUGUUCAUUUACACUACAAAAAUUCAGUUUCAAAGAUAAGUUUGUGUUAACGAUUUUAAGGAAUAUUUAAUAUAAUUUAUAAAGUAAAGGGAGCUUUUUUUCUUCUUUCUUAUACUGUUAGAAAAAUGAUAAAUUAUUAACUUUUUGACUUUUAUUUCCCUUACUAUUUUACAAUUUUGUUAAAUCGGCUAACUGUUCUUUUUACAUAGAACGAUAAAGAAUAGUGUUUGUUGAAUUACUAUUAUAUUAUCUUUAAUACACUCCUUUGGUAGUAGCCUUUUUUUUUUAUUUUAAUAUUAGUCUCUGUUUAAGGCUUUGAUAUGUUGUAUUUAGAAUAAUUUCAUAUAGAUUAUGACACCCCGCUGUAUAAAAAAAUUCAAGUGACUAUAAAAAAAAUAUGAUUCAUUUUUCCCUUAAUCCAACAUCCACUACACCUGACCCCCCUACUGAAAAAUUGAUGGAUAAUCGGACAAGCACCUUCCCCGAUUCAUCUGUUUUAGCUCACUCAUGUUUAUCUGUACAAAAUCAAAUGGCUCCUAUAGACCAUGCGUAUUCGACGCUUUUAAAUUCAGCAAUUCCAGAUCACUUGGAUGACAAAGAAAAUUUUGUAUCGAAAACUCAAUGUAAUAAAGAAUACUCUGAACAUUCAGUUAUCACAAAUCUUUACUUAAAUCGGACUACUUCGAAUGACGCUAUCUGCACAGCUUCUUUUUCCCAUUCAAAUACAGAUCAUAACAAAGCUAUUCUUGAUGAAGUGAAUUCCAAUAUGAAAAAAGAACAAUUUGAGGAAGUUCCUAGAGACCCAAGUUGUACGAAUUCCGGUACCAUUACUCCAUGUCGUUUAACGAGUCCUAGAAGUUUAUCUAGUCACGCAAGCCUUUUGAGCUGUGAAAGUUUCUCUUCUCGUUCACCAUCACCCUCUUCUAAUGGUUCACUUCAAUUACAUACUAAUCAUGACAAAUUUUCAUCAUCAAUGCAAGAGUCUCAUACAGAAUCGAAUCAUGGAAGUAUAAGGCAUCAUUCAUGUAACAUUCCCACGUAUUCAUGUAGUUUACCUUUGGGACACAAUCUUGGUUAUUCUAUGAUCCAACCUGGAUCGAAUUGUUUUUUGCCAUCCGCAAAAAGUUUAAAUGAUCCUGGAAUCCUUUUAUCACAUCGCCUACCUUCCCAGAUUCAACAACAGAUACAACAUUCUCAAGAUACUCAUCCAAAAGGGCACCCAACUACGAGAUGCAAUCUUGAUAUGUUUGAUUCUCGUGAUUCUUUUAGUUUAAUGGCUAAUCCUCAAUUGUAUGGGUAUCCCUCAACUAUGUUAGGUCAUCGUUUGAAUCCUCAUCAGCAAUCUUUGUCAUCGACAAGUCAUCUAAGUACUAAUACAGGACUUUCAGGUCCUUCUAAUAUUAAUCACAAUUCCUUUGUUAAUUUUAUUCCUCAAAUGUCAUCUGGAGCGUUGCAUGAUGGUACCAACGCAGCGUUCGCUGGACAUCCUUCCCCAUCUUUGUAUGCAGUUCGCAAUACCGGCUUAUCAUGCCCUGAAUUUCAUACAGUACCUUCAAACGGAACACGCUAUGUGAUGGAUGCACCGACGUCAAGACUGGCGGAUGAGUCACUUCCGACGUUUUUCAAUGCUGCUGCAGCUCCUAAUCGUCUUCCGGCGCAUAAACCUGUACGUCUUACACAACCCAAACAUCCUUUGGCUCCGUUUGCGACUCCUGUGUAUUUUAAAUACGGGGAAGAACAUUAUCCAGAGGAAACAGUACCACCUGAGUAUACGUUUACGGAGACAGAUGGUACAGUUUGCCGUUAUAUCACUAAUUUUCUAGUUUAUAACAAACGUGGUGAGCGUUUGUUGCCAAUAGAAGUUUUGGAUCAACCACGGCAUGGAGCCUUAGUACUUUAUGGUUCUCUUCUUCCUGCAACAACAAUGUCUCAAGAAAACUCGCGCUUAGGAAAAAGAGGAGGAGAUGUUGAACUAGAGAAAAUGCGUGGUGGAAAAAAACGCGGUGUUGGAUCUGGUAAUACAACAACAGGGCUUUCUAAGCGACAUACAAGUAAUGGGACAGGAUCUACGCAUAUAAAUGACUCCUCUCGUAUGAAUGUUACUCAAACGUAUCCCGUUCGUGUUGAAUUAGCUGAAUGGUGCAUUGACUACGGGCAAGAACCAUCAAAUGUUCCGUUUAUUUGGCUUAUAUCUCGAUGGGAUGUAUAUUAUCGUUUAGAAAAACCAGCUGGUCGGUAUAUUCCUACUUUUGCCACAGCCAAAAUGAAAUUUGAGGUAUCUACUAGAGUUAUUAAAACUUUACAACACCAGCCAGACACAGAUUAUAAAAUAUUAGUUGAUUUGUUAACGGCUGCCACAAGACUUGAAAAAAUUAAGAGUAAAGCACAUCGUCAAGCAAUGCUCAAAAAACAACGCGCCGCUAACAACAAAAUUGCAAAUUAUUCCGACUCUCAUGCGAACGGUAUAAAAAGUGACAUAUCAACAUGUUCCGAUUCAGUGAAACUUCACUCAAAUUAUACAGAUGAAGCGAAUUUCCAAGUGAAAAAUGGAUCCAAUGACAGUGGAACUACCUCAACAAGCACUUCUAAAAAAAAAAAUAGAAAUUGGCGCAUUCAAAGUCUAUCAACACCUCAAGGAACUGGUGUUGUUUUAACACAUCAUGACGGUCGACCUCAAGCUGUGACUUCUUGGGGUGCCCCUUAUGCUGUGGACGGUUUUAAAGAAUCAAUGCUUUUAAGUUUGACUGAAUUUUUAGAAAGCCAGCUCCGUAAUUUCAUGGAUGGUAUUGGUGGAACGUCUGAUGGUGACGUUUGCGCUGAUUUGCUCAAUACACCCUUUAUGAGAAUACUUCGUGAACGAACAGCUUUACGUAUGGAAGCACUUCAAUUAAUGGAAGCUAAACGGCGUGCUUUAGAAGUAGCAAAAAGUCUUGCGGAAGCAGCUUCCGAACACACCUUGAUGCAUGGUAUCCAGCAUACUACCACAAAUUUAGAGCAAGGACCUACUAAUACUUUGCUCACAUCAAGACCACCUGACACUAACGUUUUGUCGGGAAACUCUCAACAAAGUAUCGAUUCCAUGGCAUUUCUUCCAUAUGGGUCAGCCCCGCCUACGAACACAAAUAGUACCUUAACCGGCUCUUAUGGAAUGACGUCUAGUGAGUCACAAUGUUUUUUUCAUUCCUUGGGAGGGUUAUCUUCUCAUGUUCCUUCAACACUUGCUCAUACGUCAUCAAGUUAUUUCAACACUUUACCAUCAACGAACACUAAUUCUGGGUCCACUGCCAUGAUAGCACAGCCAAUUUUGACAGGGAAUUCCUCAAGUCGCUUACUUGUUACCAAUAAUGGUAUUGCUGCACUAGAAUCUGAAAUUCACCAUUUACAAAAGUUAUUAAGAGAUUCGGAUGACGACGAUGAGUCGAAUGAAAAUGAGGAUGGAGGAAAUGACUAUGAAGAAGAGGAGAAUGAAGAGGAUGGAAAUGAAGAACCCAAUGAAGAUUAUCCGGAUGAAGCUGAAAAUUUUCUAAAUGAAGACGAUUUAGAUGCUGAAGAUGAAGAAGAAGAAUAUCGUCGUGUAGAUAAUGAUAAGGUUAAAGAAGAGAGUGAUCAUGAGGAAACGAAAUGCGGGUUGAUCUCGGAUGAAAGAGAAUCGACUACUCAAACAUUGACAGAAACGAAAAGUCGUCCUUGUACAUCGACUAAGCGAAAAGGCCAUAAAAAAACUAAAAACAAUCGUUCCCAUCGUUCUCUAGGUAGUCGUGACACUUCAGAUAAUUCGGAAGCUUUACCGCACCCUCUUUUAGAUGUUUCCAAUACAGCAAGAACUGAUCCUUGUUAUAAUACGUCAACUUUUCCUAUUUCACCAUUAUCUCAGUAUCAUGAUCCAACUUAUUUUUCAACAGUUCCGAACUCUGUAAGUUCUUUACACCAUGCGGUAGGCAAUCGUGAGGUCAGUAUGGAUGUGAAUCCAAUGCCCUAUAUGAUUAUGGGAGCCUCACAUGAUUCAAAGUCUUUUAACUAUGGUCCACCUACCCAACACCACCAUUUUCGCCACCCCCUCAGCUCAGUACUGGAUAAACAAAAUAAUUGUAACACCAAUACAAUUGUUUUCACAUUAGCAAAACUAACCCAUUGUCUCACUUGUCUAAUUUUGUUCACUUUACCCAAAUUAAAUUUGAAAAAAACAAGCAAUAUCGACACGACACACCAAUUUACCUUUCAAAAAAUUUUGCUACAAAACAAGAAAUUAAUCAACACACUCCUUUCACUUUUGUGGAGCUGGGGGGGGGUUCUAUUUACAGCUAUUCAUAUUUUUGCAAUUGGUUUACUUUCUCAACUGUAUAGACAUGUGUCUUCAGUUUUUUUUUUUAAAAUGAUGAUACCAGUUAUUUUCAAACAUGUCUUACACUGUAUUCAUAAUUGAAACAGAUUAAGAAUUCGGUUACUGUAUAUUUUAAUAUUGUGUUCUCACGACUUUA